AUGCAAAAGUUGCUGCAGCCUUAUUUGCUCGACCCUCAACGUGACAUCCUUGAUCCGACGCUGGAGAAGCUCUUUAAGAAUUCCGCAUUGCAAGUAGAAUUAAGAACCGACCAGCUAUUGCUCAGAUCUCGCCUCCUUGACAACGUCGCCGACCUUGCGGCACCUUCGGCGAUUACUUGA